UCGAACAACUUACAAUAAUGAAGUUUUCUACUAUCGCCGUCACUGCCGCUUUGUCCAAAUUCUCUCUCGCUGCUGUCUACGAUAUUAAGCUUUACGCUGAAUCCACUGACUCUGCUGUCGGAGGCAAAGCUUUGUCCUCAAUACAUGAAGGUGCAGGUCUCAACUAUUUCUUUUUGGGUGAUUCUCCUGAAACUCUUCUGUAUGACGAUAGAACUGGAAUAAUCCAUUCUGAUAAAUCUACUGUUGGAAUUGCUGAUAUUUUCCUUGGGCUCGGUGUCUCAACUUUCGGUAAAGCUACUUUUGAAAAUGAUAUUUUAUCUAUCGAAGGAAACUCUGAAUUCUACGCUGCUAAAAACGUAAAUGACCCUUACAACUAUUCUGAAAAUUCAUACGCUGUUACUGCAUUUACCAACAAAAAAGUACCAGAAGGAGCUAUUAAGAUUUCUAUCAAGAAGUCUGGCAGUCCAUCCGUCCCACCACUCCCAUCCUCUUCCGCUUCAUUGAGUUCGUCAGCAUCAGCACCAUAUGGUAACUCUACCGUCACUCAGACCACUGUUACUUACACCUGUUUGUCUCAGACUGUAGUAACAAUUACCAGCUGUCCAGAAACUGUCACUGAUUGUCCAGCUAGAAAGACUCCAACUGUUGUAACUACUAAUGUUGAAGUUACCUUAACUACUACAUACUGCCCAGCCUCCACUACUCCAAUUCUUACUACCAUUUUACCCCCUGCUACCUCACCAGCUACUGCUGUUCCAGGCUCUACAUCUGCUAAGCCAACUACUGUUGUACCUGGUUCUACUUCUGCUAAGUCAUCUACUGUUGCUCCAGCUAUCACCACUGCUAAUGGUGCGGCUAGGGCCGGUGCUGGUGCAGUUGCGGGAAUGGCAGCAAUCGCAGCAUGGAUGAUUUAAUUUGAUAAAAUUGUCAUCAAACUUGAUCAUAUUUAGUUUAUUAACC